UCCUUUAUCGUGAUUUGGACGAAUUUCUUUACGGAUGAAAAUCGUCACUUUGAAGGAAGCAGUUUUUAAAUGAGUAAAACAUAUUAUUAAAUUAGAAAACAAUGAAUAAUGACACAACUUGACAAGUUGCCAAUCGAUAUAUCGUGCUAUCAAUCAAUAUGUGCUAAACGAUUUCAUCACGGAUAGGUUUUAUGGUGAUACAUAAAAGGUUAUAACGUCUCGUCUUACAUAGAACAGGGAAGAAAAAUGAAUAUUGAAGGACUCUUUUGGCUCUCUAUAAUUGCAGCUGUAAAUAGUUUUAAUGUUGAUGUUCGAAAUACGUUAACAUUUUCUGGUCCUGAGAAGUCUUAUUUCGGAUAUAGUGGAAUAUUACAGGAUAAUUGGAUGAUAAUUGGCGCCCCUAAAGAUAAUUUGACCAGUGCGUCUAACCUAGUUUCUCCUGGAGUCGUGUAUAGAUGUCCUGUCGACUUUAAAGGAUCCGCUGUCCCACAGUGUACUCAACUACCCAUUAGCACACCAGAAACACAUUCUCAAGACAAUCAAUUUCUCGGAGGAAGUAUGGUUGAUAUUAACGGAAACAUAGUGGUAUGUGCUCAUCUAUGGAAAUUUCCCGGCUUUUUCGAUUAUACUGUUGGUCGUUGUCACGUGAUCACCAAAACAAACGUGGAUAUCAAUCGGAGAUUCCCAUUCACUACGGAUGAUUUAUAUGAUUCAAAUGGCUUUAUAACUGCAUAUGGUAUGAUUGGAUUCAGUAUUGCCAGAUCUAAGAAUAGUCCUGUGGCUAUCUUGGGUGCUCCAGGAAUGAAUGUAAAAGGUGGAUAUGUGAGUUAUAAUGUUAGCCAGUUUGGGUAUCACAUCUACAAAGCAGAGGAUGGCGAAGACACCAAAUUUUUCAAACCCCAGUCAUAUAUGGGGUAUACAAUAGCUGUAGGUCAUUUUUCUGGAUUCAGUUGUAAUAAUGAUCACAUAUUGAUGGGAAUGCCAAGGUUUGCAAGUAGAGAUGGUCAUGUGGGCUCGGUAGUGUUAGUUUGUGGAUUUAACCAGAACAUGGUCAUUUCUAAGCAAUUCUCUGGGAACCAGAUUGGUUCAGGGUUUGGAUACAAUGUUAUUGUCUGUGAUUAUAAUGGAGAUGGAAAGGAUGACAUAAUGGUGGCAGCACCAUUCAUGUAUUUAGAACGGAAUCCUGUAGGUACUACCGACACUGGAGCGGUGUAUAUCUUCCUUGGAACUGGAAAUAUUGACAUUUUGAAUCCAAUAAAUGCCACACUGUCUGGUGACAAUAGCCCUGGUGGUAGAUUUGGAACUUCCAUGGUCAAUCUUGGUGAUAUAAAUGCAGAUGGUGUGGAUGACAUAGCAAUAUCAGCUCCAUUUGAGGGUACCGGUGUAGUCUACAUUUACAACGGGAAAUCUGGUGAAGUCAACAUGAAAUAUUCACAGAAAAUAUAUGGACAAAAAAUUGAUUCCGGAAUAAAGAAUUUUGGUUUGUUUAUAAGCCAAUCUCAUGACAUGGAUUUAAAUUUAUAUUCAGAUUUUACAAUAGGUUCACCAAUUGACAAUAAAAUGAUGUUAUUCCGGUCUAGACCAGUUGUAGUGGUCAUGCCCCGUAUGCAGAUAUUACCCUCUCCAAUUCCUCUAAAUUCUAGUGCACUCGAUUGUUCUGAUGGGAGUAGCACGGAACCGUGUACAACUGUAAACAUAUGUUUUUCGUUCAAUGGAAAUAAAUUGGAUUCGGUUAACAGUAUAGAAGUAAACUACCAUCUGUAUGCUGAUACAGACAGAACAAAACAAAGGAAAUCUAGCAGAGUUCAUAUUGUUUAUAACUCAACGACAGUAAGAGAAUUAUACAGACAAAAAUUAAUCAUCACAAAAGGUCGACAAGUUUGUGAUAUAGUUUAUAUUCGAGUUACAGCAGCUGACAGACAAUUUUUUGCGUCUUUAGAGGAUGACAUGGUGGUCAAAAUGAACUACAGUUUACAAGAAGACUCAAUAUCUGGACAAGUUUUACCAGUCCUUAAUCCUAUUUCAAAAACUAGUGUAUCUGACAAGGCAAACUUUCAAACUGGCUGCCAGGGGCAAUGUAAUCCUGAUUUGGUUAUCAACCUACAAACACAACAGCAUAACAUUGUUCAUGGUCAAACAAGACAAUUGGUUAUAACAGUUGUAUUAGAAAACAGAGAUGAACCGGCUUUUGCUCCAAAUGUCGUUGUCAAACAUAGUAAUAACACUAAAUAUGUUGCUCAUCGAGCACUACUUCAAAGAGGAUCUGUGCCGGUGGUUUGUGAGGAGGGCAUGGAUAAUACAACUAUCAGCUGUGACUGCGGAAACGUUUUAUUUCAACAACAGAAAGCUAUAUUUCAUCUCAUAUUUGAGGUUUCGGUUGAGUCUUUGCACCAAGGAGAUUUAAAUGCUACAGACAUUCUUCUUAAUGUUGAACUCAAUGCUAUAGCUCGUGUUCCUGCAGGCGUGGACAAUAAUAUUGGUAAUAAUGCAGCUCAGCUGAUUGUACCCAUCGAGUUUCAUUCAUUAGUACAAGUAACAGGAAAAAGUCAACCAGAACAAGGAUUUGUUUCCAUUUCAUCUAAAAAUCUACCGUUCAUUCAUACUUAUGAUGUAUAUAAUACAGGACCUAGCCCAAUGAUUUCAUCAGAAGUCUUUAUAACACUACCACAAUACAAGAACCAAGAGAGGGUUUUGUAUGGAUCCUCCAUAAAAGUUGGUACUAGCAGUAAUACCACUGACUGUACACUUAUGUCGAUAAACAACUCAACAAUAAACCCAAAUAUGAAUGGUGGAAAUGUUAUUACAACACCUAGUUCUACAGCUUCUACAGUAACACCAGUCAAGGAUAUAGUAUGUGAUGACAUAUACGAUACGAGUUGUCUCCUUAUCAGAUGUUUUUUACAACGGCUGGCUGUAGACAGAUCUACCAGAAUAACUGUAUCGUUUGAAUUAGAUUCAACUAAGUUUAGUUUUAUACAGGAGAAAUCUGUGUAUUUCACUACAACAGCAUAUGUGUUCCCGACUGAAACAGAUUUUCCAUUUGAACUUCUCCGUAAUGACACAACAAAGGUCAGUAGUAUAUUAUAUCCUGCACAAACUGAGCGUGAAGUACAAUCUAUUAACUUGUGGAUUAUUGUCGGAGGUAUUUUAGCUGGUAUAAUCUUACUUCUCGUCAUUGGCUUAGUUAUGUGGAAGGUUGGAUUCUUCAAACGGAAAAAGAGAGAACAAGUGAACGAAUAUAAGAGAAAAAGCCAAUAUUAUGAGAAACGAAAAACGCAAAGGCUUGAAAAUGCUAGAUCAGAUGAAGUAAUCUUGCACGAAACGUAGUGGACAUUUAUUUCAGAUAACUUACACACAGUUUGUUACAGAUAUUAAAAAUACUAUGAACAUAUUAACAUUAACAUUGAAUCAACUGUCAAAUCAUUGAAUUUGUUUAACAUAUGAAAUACUAUCUGCAGUUGGUAUUGAAACUUAAUAAAUCUGAAUGUGUGUGUUUA